AUGUGGAUGGCGGAGUACUCGAAGGCAAACCCUUCUGCUCAGAUUACUGGACUGGACCUUGAGGUGGCAGAUCAAUCAACCUUACCCGAAAACUGCGUCACACUGGAGGCCGAUUUAGAGCUGAAAUGGCCAUUCACUACCACUUUUGACUAUAUACACACACGGUGGUUGGUUGGAUGCAUCUUUGACUGGCCCAAGUUUUUCCAGCAGUGCUAUGAUCACCUCGAGGAAGGCGGCUGGUUCGAAGCCCUUGACAUAGGGUUCCCAGCGCACUCUUCCGACGGGACCUUGCGCCAGGACAGCCAUCUUGUGGCAUGGAAUGCUUUGCUGACGCGGGCAGCCUCGAUAUCGGGGCGGGAAAUCACCGUCGCGGAGAAAUUUGAACAAAUGAUGCGUCAAGUUGGCUUCAAGAAUGUCACCGUUGUUGAGAAGACGCUACCGCAGAACGCAUGGCCAUCUGAUGACCAGGGGAAGGCGCUCGGCAAAAUUGCCCUUCCCGUGCACAAGUUUGGCCAUGAGCGUUUGGGGCAUGACUUCCUGGUACCCCACUUGAAGUUAUCUCCGGAAGAGGUGGAUGCCAAGCUUCAAGAUGUGUGGAAGGAGAUGGAGGAUGAGACUAUCCAUGCCUGGUGGCCUAUGUAA